UUAAAAGAUUCACCUGCAUUUUUUCAGAAUGUCUAAACUUCUUAAUAGCAUACUCAAUGUGAGUAAGGUAUUCCAGAAAUAUGCUGAACACCAUGGGGAACACACUUUACUGAGCAAGGAGGAGUUGAAGCAGCUGCUUGUCACUGAGUUUGGAGGCAUCCUUCGGAGACCAAAUGACCCAGACACUGUGGAAAUCAUUCUGGAACACUUGGACCGAGACAGAAAUGGAUAUGUUGAUUUUCAAGAAUACCUCUUGUUGGUGUUCCAAUUGGUCCAAGCCUGCCAUCGUAAGUUAGAUAGUAAGGUGUAUGGAGCUGGAACCUCCUCCCAGAAAGAAUGGGGUCAGAAAGGGACACAGAGCCGUAAGUUUUCAGAAAACACUGGCAGACAAGAUAGGCAGAGCUCUCACCACAACCUGUCUGAGGGACAGAGUAAGGAUGUCCAACAUGAUCAGUCUCAGAGACAAGAUAAGGACUCCUGUGGUCACUCUGAGAGACAUGAUACAGACUCUCACUGUGGACAGUCAGAGAGACAAGAUAGGGAUUCCCACCAUGGUCAGUCAGAGAGAUUCCAUCAGGACUCCCACCAUGGUUGUUCUGAGAGACAAGACACAGAUUAUAGCUCUGAUCAGUCUGAGACAGAUGAUAAACACUCUAGCUUUGGUCAAAGUCUGGGUUAUAAAUCUAGCAAUGACCAGCCCAAAAGCCAACAAUAUAUCUUUGCCUUCAAUCAGCCUGAGAACCCAGCUCAGGUUUCUCAUUAUGGCCAGUCGAAAACAUUUAGACGACAAAGCAGUGGUGGUCAGUCUGGAAGACUCCGACAAGAUUCUUAUUCUAGUCAAACCAGUAGACAAGAACAUGGUUCUUAUGAACAAUAUGGAAAGCUUCAUCAGAAGUCAGGUAACAGUCAGACAGACAGACAGACCCAGAAUUCUCACUAUGGCCAGCCAGACAAACAAGGACAUAGUUUCCAACAUGGUCAGACAGAUGGACAAAGCCAGAGUUCUCAUUAUGGUCAGACUAAGAACAAAGGUCAGAAUUUCCUUUAUGGUCAGAAAGGUGGACAAGGCCAAAGUUCUCACCAGGGUCAGACAGGAAAAAAAGGUCAGAGUUCUCAGCAGGGUCAGACAGGCAGUCAAAACCAGAGUUCACAUUGGCAUAGGACAGACAGCCAGAGCUAUCACCAGGGUCAGACAGACAGACAAGGCCAGAGUUCUCAGCAGGGUCAGACAGGCAGUCAAGACCAGAGUUCACAUUGGCAUAGGACAGACAGCCAGAGUUAUCACCAGGGUCAGACAGACAGACAAGGCCAGAGUUCUCAGCAGGGUCAGGUAGGCAGUCAAGACCAGAGUUCACAUUGGCAUCAGACAGACAGCCAGAGCUAUCACCAGGGUCAGACAGACAGACAAGGCCAGAGUUCUCAGCAGGGUCAGACAGACAGACAAGGCCAGAGUUCACGUUGGCAUCAGACAGACAGCCAGAGCUAUCACCAGGGUCAGGCAGGCAGACAAGGCCAGAGUUCUCAGCAGGGUCAGACAGGCAGUCAAGACCAGAGUUCACGUUGGCAUCAGACAGACAGCCAGAGCUAUCACCAGGGUCAGACAGACAGACAAGGCCAGAGUUCUCAGCAGGGUCAGACAGGCAGUCAAGACCAGAGUUCACGUUGGCAUCAGACAGACAGCCAGAGCUAUCACCAGGGUCAGACAGACAGACAAGGCCAGAGUUCUCAGCAGGGUCAGACAGGCAGUCAAGACCAGAGUUCACAUUGGCAUAGGACAGACAGCCAGAGUUAUCACCAGGGUCAGACAGACAGACAAGGCCAGAGUUCUCAGCAGGGUCAGGUAGGCAGUCAAGACCAGAGUUCACAUUGGCAUCAGACAGACAGCCAGAGCUAUCACCAGGGUCAGACAGACAGACAAGGCCAGAGUUCUCAGCAGGGUCAGACAGACAGACAAGGCCAGAGUUCACGUUGGCAUCAGACAGACAGCCAGAGCUAUCACCAGGGUCAGACAGACAGACAAGGCCAGAGUUCUCAGCAGGGUCAGACAGGCAGUCAAGACCAGAGUUCACGUUGGCAUCAGACAGAUAGCCAGAGCUAUCACCAGGGUCAGACAGACAGACAAGGCCAGAGUUCUCAGCAGGGUCAGACAGGCAGUCAAGACCAGAGUUCACGUUGGCAUCAGACAGACAGCCAGAGCUGUCACCAGGGUCAGACAGGCAGACAAGGCCAGAGUUCUCAGCAGGGUCAGACAGACAGACAAGGCCAGAGUUCUCACCAGGGUCAGGCAGAUAAUCAAGACCAGAGUUCACAUUGGCAUCAGACAGACAGACAAUGCCAAAGUUUUCCACAUGAUCAGACAGGCAGACAAGGCCAAAGAUAUCACCAGGGUCAGACAGACAGACAAGACCAUAGUUUUCAGCAGGGUCAGUCAGGAAGUCAAGAUAAGGGCUCAUUUUGGCAUCAGACAGACAGGCAGAGUUACCACCAGGGUCAGACAGGCAGACAAGGCCAGAGUUCUCAGCAGCAGCAAAUCCAUCACCAGGCCUGGAAGCCUGAAGAGGAUCAUCAACACAAACUCUUAGCUCAGAUACACCAAGAAGAGCUACAUUCCCAUGAAUGUGACUGGCAAUCACAGAGUGGUGAGGAGGGCCACUGGGAAGAGGAAGAGCAUCAUCAAAGCUGGGAUAGACACAGUCUUGAGGGUCAGGAAAGUCUGUAUGAGAUGCAGAACAGGCAAACCCAUGAAGAUGAGCCAAACCAUGAGAGGAAAGACAAACAUCAAACUCAUCAUCAACAAUGGGGUAGACAAACUCAUGAAGAAAAUGAGAGGUAUAGAGGAUCCCAAGACCAAUCCAGAAACUUCCCCAACAAGGAAAGAUUCCACAAGAAUGAAGAUAACCAGUGCCAAGGAUCUGAGGGAAGACAUUUCCAUCAAACCCAUGGAGGUGGAAGGUCCCAGAGAAGAGAACAGGAAAACCACUCUACCAAAACAGCUCAUUCCCCCAACCCUCUCUAUGACUAUGUAAGAGAGCAAGCAGCAUAUCAGUACUAGGCUGCACGAGCACCAGAGGUAAUGGCCAAACCUACAUGUCAAUUUAUCUUUGCUUCUGUUUAAAAGGUUGCAGUUGUAUGUCAUCCUUUUCUUUUUAUCUACCUAUGAGAAUGCUUUUGAAGACUA